AUGGUCAGCCCUUCCUCACAGCUUGCUACGGCCGCUCAGCAAGUGACAACCUUCAACGGCGUUUUGGACGAGGUUUGCGAGGACUUAUCAACCAUCCCACGAGCAAGAGGUCAUGGCACGAAGCUGUCGGCGGCGAAGUCGAAUGCCCGCCUGGAUCGACUACCCGACAAGCUAAAGAACAUCGUCCUCAACGUAAUGCAACUGGAGCGAGAGUGCGAAACUUCAAGAGCGGAUCUCGAAGAUGUCAACUACGAGCUUCAGGAUGUGAAGAGGGAGCGAGAUCGUCUCCGGACUGAGAAUGCUACGCGCAGGGCUGGGACGGACGGUACACCUGGAAGGCUCCAGGAAUCAAGGCGAGAGGUCGAACGGCUUCAGACAGAGAAGCGCGACUUGGCUCAACAACUACAAGACGCAACUUCGAACGAACCCAAGCUACGGAGCCUGAAGACCGAAAACGCAAAGUUGAAGCGCGAUGUCGACACCCUCAAGAUCGAGAAGUCCGACCUGGUCCAACAACUCCGAGACGCAGACUCGAAUGGCAGCACUGUACGGAAACUAAAGAUGGAGAACGCCAAUCUCAAGAGCAAUGUCGAAACUCUGAAGACCGAGAAGUCCGAUCUCCUCCGCCAAAUUCGCGCUUCCGACUCCAACGGCAGCAGCGUGCGGCGACUCAAAGUCGAGAAUGCCAACCUCAAAGACGAGGUCGAUACGCUGAAGAUCGACAAAGCGGACCUGAGGAGAGAGCGCGACGACCUGAAGAAGGAACGAGAUGGAUUGACCAGCAGGAAGGAGGAGCUGAAGAGAGAGACGGCUGGUCUCAAGCUGAGGAACCAGGCGCUGGAGAAGCAGGUGCAGGAUAUGCUGGAGGUGAAGUGUAUCAGCUGUCGGAAGAGAGUGAAGCAUUGGUGUACGCUGCGUGGUGGAUGGCAAUACUACUCCGCCCGACGGCGUGAGCUUGCGCUUGGAAUCGCCUUCGGAUCUUUUGCCAUUGUUGGAUUCGGAGCAUUGGGCGGCCCCAAGCUGCAACGCGCCGACGGCGCCAACUUCACGGAGUCCUCACCAUGGCGCAACAAACCGACCGUCGUCUCCCACAACGCUUCGCCCUCCGAGAGAGCUGGAGAGACGGGGAAGCCGUCACCGUAUCCUCCAGACAGCGCAGAGGGCGCACAACCACCACCGCCGCAAACGAAAGGUCAUUCCACGAUUGAUGCAGAGGCCGACUCGUCCGUCGAGACUGUUUCAGCUUGGCAGAAUGCCACCGGUAAGGUUGCUGCCGUUCGCGACUCCUUUACGGGAUGGGACUUCAGCGCGCUCAAAGUCAAAGUCACGGGUGCCCUGCCUCCCUGGAUUCGCACGCUGCCAGGCUAUAUGGACAAGCUCAACAACGAGCUGUCUGGUGCUCCAUGGUCGCUGAGUUGGGAGAUAUGGGAGGAUGCUCACGACCCUGAGAUCAACCCUGAGAUCAUCUGGGACGCUGACGUCCGGAUCUCUAAAGACUUGUGUCCAGCCGAGCAGGCGUUUCUUAGCGCUCGGCAAAGACACACGACCAAAGCGUUGGCGAAGUAUCUUGGAGUGCCCGAGGCUGAAGUGCACCCGGAGGAUGUACCAAAGAUUGCAAUGUGUGGCUCCGGCGGUGGCCUGCGUGCUCUUGUUGCGGGAGCAUCUUCCUCCCUCUGCGCGCAAGAAUCCGGUCUCUUCGAUUGCGUGACCUACACAGCUGGCGUCUCGGGGAGCUGCUGGAUGCAGACCCUCUACAACUCUUCUAUCGGACGGCAGGACUACCAGAACAUCAUCAAUCAUCUGAAGCAGCGUAUCGGUGUGCAUAUCGCGUAUCCUCCGGCUGCACUUGGCCUGCUGGCCACAGCGCCUACGAGCAAAUUCUUGCUCAGUGGGUUCGUGGAGAAGCUACGCGGCGUGCCAGACGCGGAUCUUGGGGUCGUCGACGUUUACGGGCUGUUGCUGGCUGCACGAUUACUGGUUCCCAAAGGAGAGUUGCGUGUUGACGACAGCGACCUCAAGAUCUCAAAGCAGAGCUCUUACGUCGAAAACGGCGCUGCGCCUUUGCCAAUUUACACAGCAGUCCGGCACGAGAUACCAGGCAGUAUGAAAGGCGACGGUGAACCUUCGAAGUACGCCUGGCACAACGACAUCAACCAGGACUGGUUUCAGUGGUUCGAAUGGACGCCUUAUGAGUUCUUCUGUGAGGAACUCGAAUGCGGCAUUCCAACGUGGGCUGUUGGGAGGAGUUUCAAUGCUGGUCAGACGGAAUGGCGAGACAAUGGCUUAGCUCUCCCGGAGCUACGAACUCCUCUGAUGAUGGGUAUCUGGGGUAGCGCCUUUUGCGCGACCCUAUCCCACUACUACAAAGAGAUAAAGCCUAUUCUGAUGGCCGCUGGGUUGUCUAAGCUGGACGUCCUGCUGCAGGGGAGACAAGACGAGCUGGGCAAAGUCCACCCGCUGGAUCCUGCGAUGAUACCCAAUUAUGCUAAAGGCCUUCGUAGCCGUCUCCCGGAGAGUUGUCCUGAGAGUAUCGAAGAGACUUCUCAUCUUCAGCUGAUGGACGCUGGAAUGAGCAACAACCUACCUAUAUAUCCUCUGCUUCGACCAGGCAGAGAUGUGGAUGUCAUCAUCGCCUUUGACGCCUCCGCAGAUGUCAAGUCAGACAACUGGGUCAAAGUCGUCGACAGCUACGCCCGACAACGAGGGAUCCGCGGCUGGCCGAUGGGUGCUGGGUGGCCGCCAAAGACGAACGAGCAGCAACAGACCACAAAGGAACUUGGAGAGGCGCAGCAAGCCGUGUCAGGGCAGAUGAACGACGUUCUCGAAAGCACUCAACAGAUCGAUGAGCAGGAAGACCUCGGGUAUUGCAACGUCUGGGUUGGUUCGAUAGAGGAGCAGCACGAGGACGCAGGCCUUCCCCCUUCUCGCAGAGUGAAGUUCGACGGCGACGCUGAGCAUCUGUCUUCGCCCGACGCUGGCCUGGCGCUGAUCUACUUCCCAUUCCUCGCCAACGACAAAGUACCAGGUGUUGACCCAAUGACCUCAGAUUUCAUGUCAACCUGGAAUUUCGUCUACGAGCCAGAGGAAAUCGACAAGGUCGUUGCUUUGGCCAGAGCAAACUUCAACGAGGGAAGGGAGCAGACUCGACGGACAAUUCGAGCUGUGUGGGAGAGGAAGAGGAAGUUGCGCCUGCAGCGGGAGGAAGAGGAGCGCGACAUUCAGCGGCGGUAUCGACUUCGUCACUUCGAGCACAACGACGAUGGUAGCCAGGCAGAUCAUUUCAGCGGAAACUGA